GUGACUCGGCUGUCGCUCCAUCCUACCUGUUCUGGAGAUAACCUUCUUCGACAACGUUGAGCUCUGCUAGGCGUAGACAACGAUGCGGACGCCCAGGAUAUCCGCUGGCACAAUUGUGCGGAAACUGCACAGGCCGCGAUAUGGUCCAUUCUGCCUGCACACAGCUCAGGACGGACCGAUGCCCGACGCGAACGGCCGUGAAGAGAUCGUAGUGAAGAACCCCGCGAACGGCGAGCACGUAGCCACCGUCGUGUCCGCGAGCCAGGAAGACGUGGAGACCGCGGUGUACAACGCGCACGCGGUCUUCAAGGGCGGCGAAUGGUCGCGGGCGCCCCCGCUCCUACGCGCGGCCGUGCUCUCGAACCUCGCGCGGCACCUGGAGGAGCGCGUGCCGGACCUGGCGAAGAUGGAGACGGCGCAGACGGGACGAGCUAUCCGGGAGAUGAACGCGCAGCUCGGGAGGCUGCCUGACUGGCUAGACUACUAUGCCGCGCUCCUGCGCACACAGGGCUCCUUCGUCGCCCCAACGCACGGCCCCCUGCUGAACUAUGUGCGGAGAGUUCCCCUGGGCGUAGUCGCGCAGAUCACCCCGUUCAACCACCCGCUCCUCAUAGCAAUCAAGAAGAUCGCACCUGCUCUUGCGGCGGGUAAUUCGGUUGUUGUCAAGCCGAGUGAAUUGGCACCUAUAACGGUGCUCGAGUUCGCGGAGAUGGCAAUAGCCGCAGGAGUUCCACAGGGGGCCUUGCAAGUCCUUCCUGGCUACGGCAGGACAGUGGGCAAGAUGCUGGUGUCUGAUCCGACGGUGCGAAAGGUCGACAUUACAGCAGGCACAGAUACGGGCAGAGCGAUUGGGAAAAUCGUCGGCUCCAACCUCGCCUCGUACACCGCAGAGCUGGGCGGGAAGGCCCCCAUCGUCGUGUUCGACGACGCGGACGCGGAGUCUGCCGCGAACGGGGCUGCGUUCGCGUGCUUCGUCGCUUCGGGCCAGACGUGCGUCUCCGGGACGCGGCUCAUCGUUCAGGACAAGAUUUAUGACGAGUUCAUGGACCUCUUCAUGAAGAAGGUCUCGAGCGUCACGGCCCGGAUGGGCAACCCUAUGAACCCGAAGUCCACGAUGGGCACCGUCAUCUCUCUCCGCCAGCUGGAGCGGAUAGAGACCGUUGUACAGCGGGGCGUAGGGACCAUUCUCACAGGCGGCAAGCGCAUGACAGGCACGUCCGCACUGGACGGCUACGACUUCUCACAAGGGGCCUUCUUCCCCCCUACAGUGAUCACCGACGUGCCUACCGAGGACGACCUCUGGCGUGAGGAGAUCUUCGGACCGGUGGUCGUGGUGAAACGCUUUUCCACCGAUCGGGAAGGGAUAGAGCUGGCUAAUGCGUGCAAGUUCGGCCUGGGUGCGGGCAUCUGGACGCAGAACCUGGCGAAGGCGCACCAGGCCGCCGCAGCGAUCGAGGCUGGGCUCGUGUGGGUUAACACGCACCACCGCAAUGACCCCAGCUCGCCUUGGGGCGGUAUGAAGGAGAGUGGGAUUGGCAGGGAGAAUGGGGUCGAGGCGUUCGAAGCCUACACGCAGAGCAAGUCGACGAUCAUCAACAUUGCCGACGCGGAGGAUACUCGGGCCGUUCAGGAUUGGUUCGCAGAGGAUGAUACUGAGAAGCGAUACGGCUGAAUUUCUGUAUAUGUCUUUGUUUCUCGAAUUGCGUACACAUCCUCGUUGUUGAGAUGCUUGUAAACGAGGUCAGACACCGCUCCUCUUCGGCAUUG